AUGAAUGAAGAGGAGUAUGUAGUAGGGAUAGAUUUAGGGACAACGAAAUCAAGUAUAGCACGAUAUGAUGAGCACCACCAAAGGGUUGAAGUGAUAAAAAACAAAGAAGGGAAAGAAAGGAUAGAGUCUAUAGUAAGAUUUACAAAAGAAGGAAGAAUAAUAGGGGAAGAAGCGAGAAGAAGUUCACAAGGGGUGAUAAUAUAUGAAACGAAGAGAUUUAUAGGAAAGAAAUAUGAUUCAGAAAUUGAGAAAGAAGGAAAGAAAUUAACAUAUAAAAUUCGAAGAAAUGAAAAGAAUGGAGAAGUCGAAAUAGGAGUGAAUGAAGAAGAAUGGUAUUCAGCAGAAGAAAUAGGGAAUAUGAUAAUAAGAAAAUUAAUAGAAGAAGCGAAAGAAGAAUAUAAAAUAGCACCAAAGAAAGCAGUGAUAGCAGUACCAGCACAUUUUAAAGAUGAAGAAAGAAAAGCAACGAUAUAUGCAGGAGAAAUAGCCGGAUUAGAAAUUAUAGGAAUAAUAAAUGAACCAACAGCAGCAGCAAUUGCAUAUGGAUAUGAUAAAAAAUAUGAAGAAGGGAAAACAAUACUUGUAUUUGAUAUUGGAGGAGGAACAUUUGAUAUAACAUUAAUUAGAACAAAUAAAAGAAAUCAAAGAGUAAUAGCAACAGAAGGAGAAACACAUUUAGGAGGAAAAGAUAUUGAUAGAAAAGUAGGAGAAAUUGUAAUGAAAAAAUGGAAAGAAAUAGAUAAAGAAAAAGCAGAAGAAAGUUAUAAAAGAAAUAAAUAUAAAAUUGAAAUGAUAAGUGAAGAAAUUAAAAUAAUUUUAAGUACAAAUCAAAGAUGUAAUGUAGAUUUAAGUGAAUUUUAUGAAGAAGAUAAUGAAGAAGAUAUUCCAAAUAUUGAAAUUACUAGAAAAGAAAUUGAAGAAGCAAGUAAAGAUAUUUUUGAAAAAUGUAUUAAAUGUAUUGAACGUAUGUUUCAAGAUAUAGAAUUAAAAAAUAAAGGAAUAACAAAAGAAAGUGUUGAAGAAGUUAUUCUUGUAGGUGGAACAAGUAAAAUCCCUAAAAUUCGAGAAAUGGUUAGUGAAUACUUUGAUCUUAUUCCAAAUAGAGAAAUUGAUCCAGAUCAAACAGUUGCAAGAGGUGCUGCAUUAGUUGGAUUCGAUCUUUUUAAAGAAGGAUUAAUUAAAAAAAAUAAAUUUAAUAAAGAUCAUUUUAAUGAAGAUUUAAUACAUAAUUUCAUCCAAACAAAAGAAGAUUUAAUUAAACCAAAAGAAGAUUUAAUUAAACCAAAAGAAGAUUUAAUUAAACCAAAAGAAGAAUUAACAGAAGAUAUAAUAAAAAAAGGAAAAAAAGAUAUUGAAGAAGAAGAAGAAGAAGAUAUUAUUAAAAGAAAAAAAGAAGAAUUAAAUAUUCCAACAUAUAUUGAUAUUACAUCACAUUCAAUUCAACUAAAAACAAAACAAGGAUUUAGUACAUUAAUUAAAAGAUUUACAAGACUACCAACUAAACAUAUUCAAGAAUUUAAAACAUCAACAGAAUAUUCAACAACAGCAUGUUUUCCUAUUUUUGAAGGAGAAGGAAAUAAAGAAGAAGAAUUAAGUUAUUUAGAAACAUUCACAAUAACUGGACUUCCAGAACUUCCAGCAGGAGCAGUUCGAUUUGAAGUUGAAUGUGAAAUCACAUUAGAUGGAACAAUUCAUAUCAUUGCACGAACUAUAGAACCAGAAAAUUUACUCCUUAAAGAAGAAAUUAAAGUAACUAACAAAAAUCAAAAAGAAAAACAACAAAACCUUGAAUCAUUAAUUCAACGAUCUAAUUUAUUAGACAUUCAAGACAUCGAAUUCAAAAAAAUUAAAUCUUUACUCGCAGAAAAAAACCGUCUUCUUCAUCAAUUAAAAAAACUCGGUAAAUUUAAUGAAAUCUUUCUCUUGAACUCUUGGUUCUCUUCAAAUCCAAACGCCUCUUCUCUUCAAAUUAAAUCUUUUCUCGAUAAUUUCAUUCUUUCUUUCCCUUUCUUAAAAUGA